CCCCCACCCCGCUUAAUUUGCCAUGCACACUGACGCAGGCGUACACUGGCCAGAUUUCUGCAGUCCUGGGAUCCCGCAGUUAUUUCUGAGUUGAUGGCAAUCGGCGGGGAGAGACCGAGCCGGAGAGGAGGAGGAGGAGGAGGCAGCAGCAGCAGCAGCAGCAGGAGGAGGGUGAUGGGCAAAGCCGUGAGAUGGUGAUGGUCAGUGUUGUCUGAUCGCCGCCCCCCAAUAAUGUCAGGGAAACCAAAGGAGAGCGCAGCCUGCAAGGCAAAGGUAAAACAGCAGAUCAAGACUAUUGUAGAGGAUUUGGAGUUAGUCCUGGGCGAUUUAAAGGACGUGGCUAAAGAACUUAAAGAGGUAGUUGAUCAAAUAGACAAUCUGACCUGUGACCUGCAGCUGGAGGAGGAAAUGACGGACAGUUCUAAGACUGACACUUUAAACAGCACCUCCAGCAGUACAACUGCCUCAAGUCUGGACAAGGUCAAAGUAUCCUCAGAUGGAUGUAUUACCAAGACAACUUUGACUUCUUCGGCUAUCCUUACUGUGCUAAAGAGGACCAACCCCCCACCUCCCCCUCCACGGCUGACCCCUGUUCGAUGUGAGGAGCCCAAGAGACCCCCUUACUGCGUAAACUCCAUGAAGACCAAUGGGGCCUUGCUUCGCAAUGGAGCACUAUUGUGUAAAACAGAAAAAAUGCCAAAUGGAGAUGUGUGUAAUCUCCCUGGUAGCAAUCCAGAAAGAUUGCCCAAGCAGCCAGUGGUGUCGAGAGUUGAUAAAGACAAAUGUGGCCAGGUCACGCGGGAAAGGGUUCGAUUCAAUGAAGAGGUUCAGUAUCAUGGCUAUUGCCCUGACUGUGAUGUUCAAUAUGAUAUGAGAAACAGAGACGUGCAUUUGCAUGGGGAAGUGAGCUUUACAAAACGAAAGCCACCUCAUCAGUGUCCUCCUCUCGAAAAUGGAGGAUCAGGGAGUAACUUUACCAAUAGUUUUCCAACAUUAAAAGCCACAAACACACCUCCACCAACAGCUCCAAAACCCCAAAAAACUAUUCUGAGGAAGUCGACCACCACAACAGUUUGAUGCUAAGAUCUUGAAAACUGUUUUGUAUCCGAAUGAAUUGAGCACUUUCUACUCAAGCAAUAAAGAGCCAAAACACAUUAUACCCAGUGUUCUGCAGUGAAGUGACACAGAACAAAUCAUGCUCCUUAAAGCUGGAAGGUAAAUCAACAUUCGAAGAUAUUAUUCCAGAUUUGGUCAACACCACAUUGCGACUUCGGCAAACAAAACCCCUGACCUCCAAAAAUGCAAAACGAAUGACUCUGUGGAUCCACAGCAUGACUAAUACCAGUAUAAUCUGCAACAGAUCAUCUCUAGCAGCUCCAUACGGCCUAAAGCUUAUCCUGAGCAAAUGCUCCAAUCCAUGGUUCAAUUUGCUCCUAAACAGCAAACAAAUUAAUCUCUCUGAUUUUCUUUCCCCUCUCCACUUCUGUUUCUCCUUCUUCCCGAAAUCAUUUGUGUCAAGAUAGUGCUAGAGAAAAUCAGUGUUUGCAAACAGUCUCAAAGAGCCUUGACACACAAUUCAUCAUGAAUCUACCCCAGCCUCUGCCACUUCUCACCGAACUCCCCUCCCUUCCCACUCCUCCUGCCCUCACUUUGAGAAAAAUCGAUAACAAUAUUGAAAACUCAAGCUAAAUCCCAUAAGGGACAGAUUACGUGUGCGUAGCCCCAUGAGGAACAGAGGAAAUGUUUACAAGGCAGCAAAAUAAAUUCUACGUAUCAAGAAAUGUUGAGAAGUGAUGGAAACUGUUGAUUGUUCACAAAGAAGGAUGAUAUCUCUUGUCCUCACCAAAUGUAUUUAAGCCAUAGCAGAUAAAAGCAUCAGGCCUCAUGGUGAUUAUGACUCCCGACUCCCCUUGUCAUCAUAUCAGACGAAAAUCCAAGGACACACAGCUGUUGCAGAUGCUCAGAAACUGCAUCUCAAUUCUCUUCUAAUAUUUGCACUGUCACUUUCAUUCAGGGUAAUGAUGUGUGUAGUUACUUGCACAGAUAGCCUCUUGAGAUCUGCAACCAAAUAUGCAGAAUCUUGCUGAGCUUUACCAACUGAGGAAUAUGAUGAUUUGCACUUGUCUUCAACCCCAGCGGGUUGAAUCUAUUAAAAAAAAUUGCCUCAUCCCCUUCACCACCCUCAUGAGACAAAAGGAAGAUUCAAAAAACUGCACAGUGGACAAAUGAACAAAAUAUUUAUCUCUCCUUUUCAUUACAAAUCCGAUUAUGUACGGUAUGGAAAGCAUUGAUUACUAAGGGAGAAAAUCAAUGCGGCAUUCUGACACACAUUAACUGUACCAGUGAUUUAAAAGAUACAUUGGUCGUCAAGGUUAUACGAACUGCGUUUAUUGUUUGUAAAUGUGAUCUGCAGGCUUUAUAAAAGAAGUGAGCCCUGAAUUCAGAAAGGAUGCACAGCAAUUGACAAGCAAAGCACUUUAAUUACAUUUUUAAGUUUUGUAUUUUUAUAGUCAUUGUUAUCCCUCAUUUAGCAGUCGUUUGAAGAUCUUAGUGUACUCAUUAUGCAACUAAUUGCAUAUUAUUGUUUGCAAGCAGAAUUUGUUUUUUGUUUUGCUUUACAGAUAAACAGAGUAAACCUAAGAAAGUAAUGUAUAGAUUUUAAAUGGAAGGCUGCAAAAAUAUUUUUCUUCUAUUCACAAAAUUGCAAACAACGUAUUUUAUAAUUAUCAGAGUUUUGAAAUCUAAGACAAAUGUUAUUUUAUUAUUAAAGGCCUGGUAUAUGAUAUUAGAUAGACAGCAGGUAACAGAAAGAAGACUUUUCCUACUCUUUCCUAGAUCAAAGCUGCUUGUAAUAUAAAAGCAACAAAAAACAAAAAACAAAAAUAUUUCUUCUUCGUAUGGUGAUCAGAAAUACAAUUACUACAUUAUAUACAGUUCACCUCUACGUUACUGCAUACACAUUAUUCAGUGUUAAUCAAAUCAGUAAUACAAUAAUAUAUAGUUUGCA